AUGAAUAUCCUUGCCAAUUGGAUUUUGACUAAUAGCGCCUCAGAAAAUCUAACUUUAGUCUGCAGUCUAAUUCUCCUACUAAUGUAAAAACUAGGAUUCAAUCACCAAUUUCAAAUCAAUCAUGUUUUUGAAGAAGAAAUCGAUUUUUAAGAAAUAUAAUCAGAGUAGUUUGAGCAAGAUAACACUGAAUACAAGUAGCAUGUACAAGAAAAAGAAGAGCUCUCUAAAUUGCUAUCUUCUUCACUGGCAUCUGCAAUUUUAUCGCUUUUUGUUUCACUGUUGAAUAAGUAAAGCCCUAUAAAAUACAAAUCUUUCUUGGUUGUUCUGAUAAAGGCUUCCUCUCAUUUAAUGGUAAAUGACAACUUUAGAAGGAGUUAUAGGAAGCAAGGUGCUAUCAAGAAUAUGAUAAAACUUAUCAAAGACAUACUCACAUCCAUUUAAAACUAAGAAAAGUAACUGUCUCCAAAUGAAUCCAGUGAGUACAUAGAUCUAAUUUCUUAUAUCAUCGACUUUUUCGGCAAGUUUGUCCAUGACAAUAAGAAAAAUAGAGAGUACUUUAUUCUUAAAGGCGGAGUUUCACUAUGCAGCAAAUUUAUUGAUAAGACUUUCCCCAUAUUUUACAAUAAUGACAAACUAAUCAAGUCAUGUUGCAGUGUACUUGGAAAUAUAGCAGUUUCAAAUGAUAAUAAAAUCAUGCUAUGGGUGCUUGGCUCCAUACCUCAUUUGAUUAAGAUAGUGACUGAUGAUAUUAAGGAUAAAUAGGAAAGUCAGACUAGGGCAUACGAAAGAGCAGAGUACGGUUUCUAUGCAUUAUGGAAGGCUAGCAUUGAUUGUGAGGAUGUGCAGGAGGAACUUAUGAAAUCUAAGUUUAUAGAUAUUGCACUUUAAAUAGUUCAAAAAUAUUCUAGCAACAUUAAUUUGAUUGCAUUCAGUUUAGCUAUCAUAAGAAGAUUAGCAAGCAAUCCAAAAUAUAAAGAUGAAAUAGCAAAGAACUUUUUGCUAACUUUGAUGACUUUUAUAAAGAUCUUUUUGGAGACAUAAUAGAAUUAGACAAAUUAAACUCUUAGCUAUCACCAUAAGCUAGGAGUUGCUUUUAUUUAUAAAGAAAUCUUAGGAUGCCUAGGAGUGCUGGCAGUUGAAGAUAAACAUAAACAAGAGAUUACUGACAAUCAGGGGAUAGAAUUGGUAAUCAUGAGUGCUAUGCUAAAUAUUAAUAAACCCAAAAUUAUUAAGACUGCUUUGGGUUGUUUGAUAAAUUUAGCCACAACUGUUGAGAAUAAACAAGCACUAUCAAAAGAUGCUAGUUUCUAUUAGCUUUUAUACACAGUGUUAGAGCAGUAUGAUCAAAUGACUCCAAUGAUAGAUUAUUCAUUAAGAUUGAUCCUAAACACUGCUGACAAUAAAAUAUCCUAUCAAAAUUAUAUCAGCGGAAGCAUCUUUAAAAAGUCACUCUUAUUUAUGGAAAAACACAAAAAGAAUGCCAAUAUUGUUUGGUCUUCAAUUCAGAUACUCAGAUUACUCUGCAACUCAGGUAAAAUUAGUAUAACUAAAUAAUUUUAAAAUAGACAAGGCAUUGAAGAAAUUCAUGAAGGUAUUUGA